AUGGAGAGCCCCAGUCGUGUGUAUCUCUUCGGGGAUCAGACUGCCGACUUCGACUCGGGCCUUCGCCGUCUUUUACAAGCCAAGAACGACUCACUUGUGAUAUCCUUCUUCCAUAAAUGUUAUCAUGCGUUGCGCAAAGAGAUCAGUGCCUUGUCGCCUUCGCAGCGACAGAUUUUCCCGCGAUUUACUAGCAUCGUCGACUUGUUGGCGCGUUACCGGGAAUUUGGUCCAAACCCAGCUUUGGAGGGAGCACUGACCACGAUCUAUCAGCUUGGAUGCUUCAUUCACUAUCAUGGUGAUCUGGGCCAUGAGUAUCCCUCUAGAUCCGAGACCCUGAUCCUCGGUAUUUGUACAGGCCAGCUGGCUUCGGCCGCAGUGAGCUCUUCCAAGACUGUGGGAGAGCUCAUCCCAGUUGCUGUUGAAACGGCAGUUGUGGCUCUAAGACUGGGAGCGUGUGUUAUCAAAGUCCGUGAACUGGUGGAAGAGAACCGCGCAUCUCAAAGCUGGUCUGUACUUACUUCAGGCAUUCGCCCGGAAGAUGGAGACAGCUUGAUUGCGCAGUUCAGCUUGAAGAAGGGACUGCCGAAUGUUUCUAAGCCAUGGAUCAGUGCGGUCAGCCCAAACAGCCUGACUAUCAGUGCAGCGCCGAGCUUGCUCGCAGAAUUCAUAGACUCACAUCUGCCCAAGGAUUCAAAACCAACGAGAGCUCCAAUCCACGGCCCGUACCAUGCCUCGCAUCUUUAUGACGACAGAGAUGUAGAGCGCAUCAUGGAGUCGUGGCCCACAGAGAAGUUCUCGAAGUACGUCCCACAAAUUCCCCUCUUGUCAUGUGAGACUGGCGCAGUUCUCGCCGCAGAGACACUCGAGGAUCUAUUGAAAGCUGUGCUCCGGGAGAUCAUUGUUCGACAGCUUUGCUGGGACAAAGUCAUCGAAUCCUGCACAUCGGUUCUCAAGCAAACUACUUCCAAUUGCACCUUAUACCCGGUCUGCAGCACCGCCACGCAAAGCCUUCACAACUCACUCAAGAAGGCUGGGAUUACGAAUAUCGAGAUCGUUGGCAACAUCGGCGACGUGAAGAAAGAGCCUGAGAAUGUCAACAGCAGCGGCCGCUCCGACCAGUCAAAGAUUGCCAUCAUCGGCUUGUCGGGACGCUUCCCAGAGGCCCAGGAUACUGAAGCGUUCUGGGAGCUCCUGUAUAAGGGACUUGAUGUUCAUCGUGAAGUACCGGCUGAUCGUUGGGAUGUCAAGGCUCAUGUCGACAUGGAAGGUAACACACGGAACACUAGCAAAGUCCAAUAUGGUUGCUGGAUCAGAGAGCCUGGCCUGUUUGAUCCUCGAUUCUUCAACAUGUCACCCCGCGAGGCUCUUCAAGCCGAUCCUGCUCAGCGACUCGCGCUGCUGACGGCUUAUGAGGCUUUCGAGAUGGCUGGUUUCAUCCCUGACAGCACACCAUCUACCCAGAAGAACAGAGUCGGCGUCUUCUACGGAAUGACCAGUGACGAUUAUCGUGAAAUCAACAGCGGACAAGAUAUUGACACCUAUUUUAUUCCCGGGGGAAAUCGAGCGUUUACACCUGGCCGCAUCAACUACUACUUCAAGUUCAGUGGUCCUAGCGUUAGCGUGGAUACCGCCUGCUCUUCAAGUCUCGCUGCUAUUCAUGUGGCUUGCAACUCGCUUUGGCGGAAUGAAUGCGACUCUGCGGUAGCCGGUGGUGUGAACAUCCUCACGAAUCCUGAUAACCAUGCUGGUCUCGACCGGGGUCAUUUCCUCUCGCGCACUGGCAACUGUACCACCUUCGAUGAUGGAGCAGACGGCUAUUGCCGAGCCGAUGGUAUCGGGUCUGUUGUUCUGAAGCGUUUGGAAGAUGCACAAGCCGACAACGACCCCAUUUAUGGUGUCAUUGCCGGCGCCUACACCAAUCACUCUGCAGAGGCUGUCUCCAUUACUCGACCUCACGCUGGGGCCCAGGCAUUCAUCUUCGAUAAGCUUCUCAAUGAAAAUAACUACGACCCGAAAGAGGUCAGCUACAUCGAAAUGCACGGUACAGGUACGCAGGCUGGCGACGCCGUCGAGAUGACAUCCGUUCUGGAUGUCUUCGCCCCCGACUACCGACGAGGACCUAGCCAGUCCCUUCAUCUUGGCUCAGCUAAAUCAAACAUUGGUCACGGAGAGUCUGCAUCUGGAGUCUGCGCAUUGUUGAAGGUGUUGAUGAUGAUGCAGAAAAACACAAUUCCUCCUCAUUGCGGUAUCAAAACGAAGAUCAACCACAAUUUCCCCACUGAUCUCGACCAGCGGAACGUCCACAUUGCCCUCAAGCCAACUCCCUGGAAUCGUCCUGAAGGCGGCAAGCGCAAAACAUUUGUCAACAAUUUCUCCGCUGCUGGAGGUAAUACUGCCAUUCUCAUGGAGGAUGGUCCUCUGCACGAACGUGUUGGCACUGACCCACGAACUUUCCACACCAUUGCUGUCUCUGCGCGCUCUCAUUCAGCUUUGAAGGCCAACGUCAGCGCACUUGUCCAGUAUAUUGACAAGAAUAAGAACUUGUUCACCGUGAACGAAGCUGAUCUUCUUGGCAACUUGGCUUACACCACAACUGCGCGACGCAUCCACCACAACUUCCGCGUCGCCGUGACUGGGGCAACCUUGGAAGAAAUUCGAGACUCGCUGAACGCAAGUUCGAAUCGGGACACAACAACUAUUCCGUCAGUGGCACCUGGAAUUGGAUUUGUUUUCACUGGACAAGGCGCGCAGUACGCUGGAAUGGGCAAGGAAUUGUUCCUCCAUAACAAGCAGUUCCGUGACAAUAUCGAGCACUUGGAUCGUAUUGCUUUGAGCCAUGGCUUCCCUUCUGUUAUGCCGCUUGUCGAUGGCAGUGUUCCGAUCGAGGAGCUUAGUCCUGUGGUGACACAACUUGGCACCACAUGUCUGCAAAUGGCUCUCACCAAGCUCUGGAUUUCUCUUGGAAUCAAGCCUUCAUUCGUCCUGGGCCAUAGCUUGGGCGAGUAUGCCGCGCUUAACGCUGCCGGGAUCCUCACCAACAGUGACACUAUUUUCCUUGCUGGUCGCCGCGCCCAGCUUUUGACAGAGAAAUGUGAAGUUGGUACUCAUGCCAUGCUGGCUGUCAAGUCAUCGGUCGUACAAGUCAAACAGUUUAUUGAUGACGGAUCCGCUGAGAUUGCGUGCAUCAACGCGCCUAGUGAAACGGUUAUUAGCGGUGCCGUUGGCAAGAUUGAGCAACUCGCGGAAAAGCUCACAAACGAAGGCUUCAAGGCUACCAAGCUGAAAGUUCCCUUCGCUUUCCAUUCCGCUCAAGUUGAGCCCAUCCUUGAGAGUCUCAACGAAAUCGCCAAGGGCGUGACGUUCCACAAGCCUAAGAUUUCAUAUGUAUCGGCUUUGCUUGGAAGUGUGAUUGAUGAGUCUAACAUUGACAUUCUCGGCCCAAACUAUCUGACGCGCCAUUGUCGGGAGGCCGUCAACUUCCUUGGCGGGUUGGAAGCAACUCGACACGCAAAGUUGAUGAAUGACAAAACUGUUUGGGUCGAAAUCGGCUCUCAUCCGGUCUGCUCCGGUAUGGUCAAGUCAACAUUCGGACCGCAGGCGACCACGACUCCCUCUCUUCGCCGCCAAGAAGACACUUGGAAGGUCUUCUCGAACAGCUUGUCAGUACUGUACACAGCAGGAGUUGACUUGCAAUGGAAAGAAUAUCAUCAGGACUUCAACAUGACGCACGAAGUCCUCGCACUGCCUUCUUAUAAGUGGGAUCUCAAGAACUAUUGGAUUCCAUACAGAAACAACUUUUGUCUCACAAAGGGCGCGCCCGUUGAAGCCAAGGCCGAUGCUGCACCUAUCACAACCUUCCUGUCCACGUCCGCUCAAAGGAUUUUGGAAACCACCUCGGACGCUAAGUCUGCGACCGUUGUUGUUGAGAAUGACAUAGCCGAUCCUGAGUUGAAUCGUGUUAUUCAAGGACACAAGGUUAAUGGGGCAGCACUUUGCCCAUCGUCUCUUUACGCGGACAUCGCGCAAACAUUGGCAGAAUUCCUCGUUGACAAGUACAAGCCCGAGUGGAAAGAACGUGGCUUUGACGUCUGUCAUGUCGCUGUUCCCAAGCCGUUGAUUGCUAAGGGUGGCAAGCAACUCUUCCGAGUUUCUGCUACUGCGGAAUGGGCUGAUGAGAGCGCCAAGAUGCAGGUUUGGUCUGUGACUUCCGAGGGCAAGAAGAUUCUUGAUCACGCCAGCUGCACCAUAAAGUUCUUUGACACAAGCGCCGCCGCCAAUGAUUGGAAGCGCAGUGCAUAUCUCAUAAAGCGAAGCAUUGAGCACCUCAAGCAGAGCACGGAAAGUGGACAGGCUCAUCGAAUGAAGCGAGGAAUGGUCUAUAAGUUGUUCAGCUCCCUGGUCGACUAUGAUGAGAACUACAAGUCCAUUCAGGAAGUCAUCCUCGACAGCGAACAACACGAAGCCACUGCUUUGGUCAAGUUCCAGGCCCCUCCUGGUAACUUCCACCGCAACCCCUUCUGGAUCGACAGUAUUGGCCACCUCUCUGGCUUCAUUAUGAAUGCAAGCGAUGCAACAGAUUCGAAGAACACGGUUUAUGUGAACCACGGCUGGGACUCAAUGCGAUGCUUGAAAAAGUUCGAUCCCAGUGUCACAUACCGUACUUACGUCCGCAUGCAACCUUGGCGGGACGCUAUCUUUGCAGGUGAUGUAUACGUUUUUGACGGAGAAGACAUUGUAGCUGUCUACGGAGGUGUACAGUUCCAAGCAUUGUCAAGAAAGAUUCUGGACACUGUUCUGCCGCCGGCGGGUGGAGCUACUGUAAAGCCUUCGGCUGCCGGUGCAAAGGCUUCACCUGCUCCGAUUGUCGUGAAGAAGACUCCUUUGCCGAAGGCAAAGAAGUCCGCGGAGCCUUCAACUAAGUCACCUGGACAUAGUAUCAUUUCGAAGGCUCUUAGUAUAUUGGCCGAAGAGGUCGGACUGUCUGCGUCAGAGAUGACCGAUAGCUUGAAUUUCGCCGACUAUGGGGUAGACUCCCUUCUUUCCCUCACAGUUACUGGUCGUUACCGGGAAGAAUUUGGGCUCGAUCUCGAAUCAAGUGUCUUUGUGGACUGUCCCACUAUUAAAGACUUCAAGCAGAUGUUGGCACAGAUGAGCCCAUCCGACAGUGCCAGUGAUGAAUCAAGCAGCGACGCGGGAGGCUCCUCCACGGAUACCUCCACUGAUAUCUCGACUCCCAACUCAAGCGGCCUGCCAACCCCUGCCAAUGAGAAAACUGUGACCCUUGAGCAAAAUGAUACAAUGAGAGAAAUCUGUGUCAUCCUUGCCGAGGAGAUUGGAGUUCAACCAGAAGAGCUCCCUGGAGACGCAAACCUCGGAGAAAUGGGUCUGGAUUCAUUGAUGUCUCUCACAGUGUUGGGCAAGAUUCGCGAAAAUCUUGACAUGGACUUGUCUGGAGAGUUCUUCAUUGAGAACCAGACUCUAGACGAAGUCGAAGUCGCUUUGGAUUUGAAGCCGAAGGCUCCUACGCCACAAAUGAUCAAACUGCCGGAAGAACUAAAUAUGAAGAUGCCUACGCCUACUCAAUCAUUGAUUCAGCACCCCCCUGCCACAUCAAUCCUCCUUCAGGGCAACCCUAAAACCGCAACGCAGAAGCUUUUCCUCUUCCCUGACGGAUCUGGCUCUGCUACCUCCUACUCUACGAUCCCGGGCAUCUCUCCUGACGUCUGUGUCUACGGCUUGAAUUGCCCGUACAUGCGCACGCCUGAGAAGCUCACAUUCCCCCUUCAAGAGCUCACAUAUCCCUACGUUGCAGAGAUUAGACGUCGACAGCCCACUGGACCCUACAACUUCGGUGGAUGGUCAGCUGGUGGUAUCUGCGCCUACGAUGCUGCCCGUCACCUGAUCUUCGAGGAAGGCGAGCGCGUUGAGCGCCUGCUCCUUCUCGAUUCCCCAUUUCCCAUCGGACUUGAGAAGCUUCCUCGUCGCCUCUACAGAUUCUUCGACUCCAUUGGCCUAUUUGGCGAAGGCAAUGCUCCACCUCCCAAGUGGUUGCUCCCUCACUUCCUUGCUUUCAUCGACUCGUUGGACGCCUACAAAGCUGCGCCGUUCCCAUUCAAUGACGAGGAGCAGGCAGAGAAGAUUCCUAAGACCUUCAUAGUCUGGGCCAAAGAUGGAGUGUGCAACAAACCGAACGACCCCCGCCCUGAGCCCGCCGAGGAUGGUAGCCCUGACCCUCGUGAGAUGCAGUGGUUGUUGAAUAAUCGUACCGAUCUCGGUCCCAACGGCUGGGACACACUGGUAGGAACCAAGAAUGUUGGUGGUAUCACAAUCAUGGAAGAUGCCAACCACUUCACCAUGACCCAGGGUGCGAAGGCCAAGGAAUUGGCGGCAUUCAUCGCGAAUGCCAUGAAUUCUUCCUAG